UUUUUUUUUUUUUUUAACUUUACAUGUCAUUUUGUGUUUACACACGCAAACAGUCUCUUUUUUGUCAUUUUUAUAGCACAGCUCGCCUCGCUUUUCAUUCGUUACGCUACCUUCGGGUGAAAAGAUACGGACUUCGGGGCGUGGUACGCAACUAACAAUACGAAAAAAAAAAAGAAGGGGAAAAAAAAGCCGGAGACGGAAGGGGAGUCUCAGUGAAUUCUGGCUGACCGCGGCUGAGCUUAUGAUGCCGACGUUGCGGGACAGCACCAUGUCCCACCCCGGCGAGAAUUCCCACCAAGUCCGGGUGAAAGCCUACUACAAAGGGGACAUCAUGAUCACCCACUUUGAGCCGUCCAUCUCGUAUGAAGGCCUGUACGGCGAAGUCCGGGACAUGUGCUCCAUGGACAACGACCAACUCUUCACCAUGAAGUGGAUUGACGAGGAAGGUGACCCGUGCACGGUGUCAUCUCAGCUGGAGCUGGAAGAAGCGCUGCGCCUCUACGAGCUCAACAAAGACUCGGAGCUCAUUAUCCACGUGUUUCCAUGCAUACCAGAGAAACCAGGCAUGCCGUGUCCUGGGGAAGACAAGUCCAUAUAUCGGCGAGGAGCGCGGCGCUGGAGGAAGCUCUACUUCGCCAGUGGCCACGCCUUUCAGGCCAAACGCUUUAACAGGAGAGCGCAUUGUGCCAUCUGCACGGACCGCAUCUGGGGUCUCGGCCGACAGGGCUACAAGUGCAUCAACUGCAAACUGCUGGUCCACAAGAAGUGCCACAAGCUGGUCACCGUGGAGUGCGGCCGGCCCAUGAUCCAGGAGCCAAUUAUGCCCGGUCAGCCUCCCAGUCAGUUAGACCCAACGGAACAGCCAGGCCCUCAGAAUAAAGACUCCAGAGAAAGCUUGACUUACGAUGGAGAGGAGAAAGAGGCGCGGAACAGCCGAGACACGGGGAAGUCGCCCUCCAGCCUCGGCCUGGCCGACUUCGACCUGCUGCGGGUGAUCGGGCGCGGCAGCUACGCCAAAGUGCUGCUGGUGCAGUUGAAGAAGACGGAGCGUAUUUACGCCAUGAAGGUGGUCAAGAAGGAGCUGGUCAACGACGACGAGGACAUCGACUGGGUCCAGACAGAAAAACACGUUUUCGAGCAAGCAUCCAAUCAUCCCUUCCUGGUGGGCCUGCACUCCUGCUUCCAGACAGAAAGCAGACUCUUCUUUGUUAUCGAAUAUGUGAACGGCGGCGACCUCAUGUUCCACAUGCAGAGACAACGGAAGCUUCCGGAAGAGCAUGCCAGGUUCUAUUCAGCAGAGAUCAGUCUGGCGCUUAACUACCUCCACGAGCGCGGCAUCAUUUACAGAGAUCUCAAGUUGGACAAUGUUCUGCUUGACUCUGAGGGACACAUCAAACUCACCGACUACGGCAUGUGCAAGGAGGGCUUGAGACCCGGUGAUACGACGAGUACUUUCUGCGGCACGCCAAACUACAUUGCUCCCGAAAUACUCCGAGGAGAAGAUUAUGGCUUCAGCGUGGACUGGUGGGCCCUGGGCGUGCUAAUGUUCGAGAUGAUGGCGGGCCGGUCACCCUUCGACAUCGUGGGAAGCUCCGACAAUCCCGAUCAGAACACAGAAGACUACCUCUUCCAAGUCAUAUUGGAAAAACAGAUCCGAAUUCCCCGCUCGUUGUCCGUCAAAGCCGCCAGCGUCCUCAAGGGAUUCCUCAACAAGGAUCCAAAGGAGCGUCUGGGCUGCCACCCUCAGACGGGCUUCGCUGACAUCAUGGGCCAUCCUUUCUUCAGAAACGUCGACUGGGACCUCCUGGAGCAAAAGCAGGUGGUUCCCCCGUUCAAGCCCAACAUCUCGGGCGAAUUCGGCCUGGAUAACUUUGACGCCCAGUUCACCAACGAGCCCAUCCAGCUGACGCCCGACGACGACGACGUGGUGAGGAAGAUCGACCAGUCCGAGUUCGAGGGCUUCGAGUACAUCAACCCGCUGCUGAUGUCGGCCGAGGAGUGCGUGUGAAGGGAGCCGCGCGCACUCGGAUACUUAGCGACGUGCCAUCUCGGCGUCGUGCCGCUGCGUGGUCACGAGGCAACCUGGCGGCAUCACCAAGUCAUACUUUUCGUUGUUGCCAAAAGCAGUUUCGCACUCUGCCAGGUAUAACCACUCGUCCUUAAGUCUUCUCUCUAUGAAUUAUUUUUAUAUCCUCUCUCUAUAAAUAUACAAAAUGUAGAAAUAUUACCUGCACUGAUAUCAUUGUGUCGUGGGGGGGGGGGGGGGCUCUCUACCAAGUUCUUACAAGGUCAUUUUAUUUGUACAUACAAAAACUGCUGUGGAUCGACGUUAGCCCUCUUUUUAGCACACUCAUUGGUAUCACACCUCCUCUUUCUCCAAACACGAAAUAUGAAAAUCUAUAUAUUUUUAUUUAAAUACAGCCGUUAUGUGAAUUGUCCCGUUUGUGGCCUGAGAAUAUGAACUGGAGUCGAGUCAGAGCUAAAAUACUGUGAACAAACGUAUCGUGUGUUAGCCUGACUUAAACAUUCACGCAGGAUUUCCCCACGCCCCUCCCAAAAGUUUCUGGUAUUUAUCUAUCUAGAAAUGAGUGUGUUUCCUCAGCGAGUGGCCUUACUCUUCCGAUCCGGAAGUAAUGAGUCUUAUCGAUCUCCAUUCAAAAAUAUGAAAGCGCUAACAGCCAAGCCGGUAUAUGAAGUUUGUUGCUAGCCAAAACAGCAGCACACACCGAGGAGUGUCUCAGACAAGUGUAGAAUCCUACCGCGUGUUUGAAACUAACUUCCUGCGUGUUGUUCAGGAUCGUCUGGCGGUAAGUAAGUAGUAAUUGUUUAACGUCUGAGCCCACUGGCUAUCACUGUUGCCUACCAAAACAGCAGCAUCUAAUGAGGCAACAAAAGACGCAAAAGAAUUUGCGCGCGUCAGUGUUUGUUGUCCCCGGUGAUUGGAUUUACUUCAGUUUUGACUUUUUAACUUGAUGGAAUUUUUACCCCACGGACGCUUCACUCGCCACCUGUUGAGUAAGGCCACUUUUUGGGGAAAUAUGCAAGGAUCCUGUCACGUUUGCUCAGUUUAUGCCAUUUUUGUACGCAUAUUUCUCCAUUCCAUGUGAAAUCAACUGGUUGAAGCACAUUUAAUUAUGGCUUUAGAACUGUUAUGAUUUCCUUUUUUUUUUUUUUUUAAAAAAAAAAAAAAAAAAAGAGUAUUUUCUGAAUGAUUCCACUAACUUAAAACACUAAGCAACAGAGCGCCGAUAUCUGCUAAACAUAUUGUCUGUUACUUUUUUUUUAAUUUUUUUUUCAUGUUGUUGUUACUUUUUAUUAUUUUGUAAUCACCAGAAUGAGUACGAAAUGUUACUGGGAAGCCACCCAAAGGACUCUGCUGACAUUUUAUUAUUGGAGUGCAAAAGGACAAAAAAAGGCAUUUUUUUUCUCCUUGUG